ACCCUACAUUCCUUUAAUGUUGUUCAUUAAACUUUUGGCUGGAGAUAGUUUGCUUCACUCAACCUCAUCUUGUCAUGUAAAUCCACAGAAGAGAGCUGUCUUGGGUGCCUCAAAGGUCUGAGUCUCCUCUCACUUGAGACUAACAACGGGAUUUGAACAGGGCCUGGCAUAAGGAACCUUCAUGAGCCAGAAAGAAAAGAGAAAAGACCAUAGGAAAUCUCAACAUUAAGUGAACUGAUAAAGACCAGGGAAAUGCAUAGCGACUGGGACUGGAGUGGAGGAGAAACUGUCAUUUAAAGGACCCAGACCAUUUCUUUUGGACAUCUUUUGGACAUCGGAGCUAUUACUUUCGAUAUGUCCUCGCCUUGGUUCUAAAUUACUGUCCUCCAAACUGCAGCCUGAGUCCGAUGAGUGAUCCCAACUCUGGGAAAGGCAAAGAAAGAAUAUUGACUCAUAUCCGAGUGUAAAUUUCACACAGCAGAUUUGUUGGAAUUCAAUUUAUGACACUAAAAGAGAAAUGAGCAAAACAUCCAUAAGAAAGAGAGGGUAGCCCCAUCUUCUGGUUCUGUGGGAGUUCAACAUCCUGUAGCAGAUCUCCUGGUGGACUCUGGGAUGACAGCUGAUCUACUGAGCUUCCUGCUGUUGCUGAUCUUCUCCCUGCUGAGGCUGAUGAGAGGUGACAAGGCUGUGUCCCACAUUCUCAUGGAUAUGGCACCAGAUUCCUUUGAUGACCAGUACCAGGGUUGCCGUGAGCAGGUAAUGGAAGAACUGGACCGAGGAGACUAUUUCCAAAAGGAAUUGGGUAAUAAUAAGAACUAUUCCAGCAUCUGGGAGAAAGCAAAGCUGGUCUGGUCAAAAAGGCCAAUGGCUCUGCUAAGGGAGAUGCAGGAGAAUCACGCUGUAGCCCUCCUGGCUUACACCAUGAACACCUCGCUGCACUCUGAUUUGAACUGGGCUGUGUCCAGAGCUGGGACAUCCCCAGAGCACUACAGACACAGCUUCCCCUUCAAAUACCUCCACUUCUACCUGACUACAGCCAUUCAACUGGUGAGGAGAUGGAAGAGUGGCACCACAAGAAAAAAGUGCUACCAGGUACACCGGGGGGUAAAAGGCCUGUAUUUUGAGGCUGAGUUGGGCACCAAAGUGCGGUUUGGCCGCUUCACCUCCACUUCACUCCUCCGGAAGGAAGCCCGGAGAUUUGGGAAUGAAACAAUAUUCACCCUGAAGACUUGCUUAGGGGCAGUUGUGCAACGCUUCUCCCACUACCUCUCCGAGAGGGAGGUCCUCAUCCCACCCUAUGAGAUAUUCCAGGUCAGAAACUUCAGCCGAACACCAAGUGGUAACUGGCUGUAUCUGCUCUCUGUGGGAAAUUACAGCCAAUACAACUGCCAGCUCCUGAAAGCUUCAAGCAGCAAGAACUGUAUCCACAGUCCUCCAGUCACUGCCUUUCUUUCUUGUGUGAUCAGUGCUUUCUUCUACUCCACCAGGCAAUGA